AGUUCGAACGGAGACCUGAGGCGAUUGAGUGCUGUAUAUUUUUUAUUCCUCUCCAUCGCAUCGUUUGCUGCUGCUGCUGUCGUUUUGGCUACCGCUACACAGUGCACAACAAAAAAUAACAAGUACGGAGUAAAGUUUUGGAGUAUUCUCUUUUCUCUGUGCUUCAUUAUUCGUGUCGUGGGCUCAUUCUUCUUAUUCGUUUCAUCGUCAUUUAUUUGUCGUGGAUAUAUAUUUUUCUAUAUUGGCAUAUAUCUCUCUCUCGCUUGCAUUUAUUUCCUGCGUUUUCGUUGUUGGCUGCAGAAAGAGAGCAAGAGGCGAAAAAGGCAACAGAAAAAAAACAACGAUUGCACACUGCAACUGUGAGCUCUCUCACUGCUGCUCACCACGGCGAACAAUUUAAUGAAAUAGUAGCGACUACGACGACGACAACAACAACAACAACAGCUGAAUGUGCACGAUGCUUACGCGAAGUGGUUACUUCUGCUACUUUUGCCUGCUUGCUCAUCUGCAAUGUACCAUGUAAAUAGUGUUUAAAAUAUGUGAAGUUAAGUUAAAGAUCAGCGAUCGAUGCGAGACAGAGACUCUUCUCCCAAACAAAAGAAUAAAAGGAAAAUAAUGUAGAAAAACAAAAUAAAGAAGGAGAAGAAAAAAAAAAUAUAUAUAAAAACAGACACUGUGUGUUGUUCAUUUUUACGCAGAAAUAAUAAUGCAAUGAAAGAAGAGAGAGAGAGAGACAGGAAAGAAGAAAAAACAUUGAAGAAAAUCCAAGUGAACGAAGAGUUGAGUGAUCGUGCGAUUUGCUACAUGUAUUUGUGUUAUUAUUACAAUUUAUUAUUUUAAUAAAAAUAUACAUAUAAAAUAUAUAAACGACGUUUAUACUGGAGUCAUAUUAGCCGUGUGGCUGGUCGCGCUGUGCAUUCGCUGUGCUACGCCGAGUUUUGUCUUGGAUGCAUCAUUUUCCCUUCUUCAUCGCAGAGUCGUCGUCGUCAUCAUCAUCGUGUUGUGUGUACAGUGUGUGCUAUGUGUCGUAUAUAUACACAUAUUUUUUUUUCUCUUCAAUUCAUCUGUUUUGUUUUCACUUCGUCGUUCAUGUGCGGUGUGUGCGCGCGCGCGUGCAUUCGCGAUUUGUGUACUCGAUAGGCCAUUGUACUUGUACGUAUUCAUUAUUUCCCGAAAGGAAAAGAGACGGCCAACAGUGCACCGCAAUUGGAUGAAGUGGGAACGAUCAAUGCCACAGCGUGUGUGCCAAGCGAUAUGAAAAUGCAUUUUCAGUGGUUUUAAAUGGUUUUUGGAUUUUGGUAUGUGUUAUUGCACAACGUACCAACCGAGAUAGAGAGCAACAGAGAGAGAGAGAGAGAGCGUGUGGAACGACCGAGUACACGGAGCACACACACACCGUGUACACAAUUCAUACAGAAAAAUAUUGUCGAUGCCGAUGCAUGUCGUUUGAUCGCUUUUAUCGUCGUCGUCGUCAUCGUCACCUUCGUCCACUCGUCGAAUGAUCGCGCACAUAGACGAAUAAAAUGUGAAUAUGCUGUGUGUAUUGUACGGCUGUUGCUGCUGCUGCUGCUAAGCUAAGCUAAGAUAAACAAGACAUUUUUGCUAGCCCAUUCAACAUAACGAAAAACUAUUUUCAUUUUAUCGCUUCGAAGUGUUUCAUUACAAUUACGGUUGCUGCGUGUGUUUGGCAUAAAAUCGUGAAUUUUAUGGUGUUUCGUCACAGAUUUGUGCGGUCGAAUCAAUAAUAUCUACGUACAUGGGAAAAGAAAAUUGUAGUGAAGCCGGAAUCGCAACCAAUCUAAAGUGUGAGUGAAAGAAUUGAACGACAAAAGAACCUGAAUGAAUCAAUAUCGAUUUGAGAGUGUGGUGCGUGGAGUCUCCGACAGUGUGCCCCGUUUUUCUUUUUUUUUCUCUUGAAUUCUCUCUCUCGCAAGACAGAAAAGUCAAUAGCGAGUGCGCGUCAAAGAAAGAAUUUUACAUAGUGGAAGUGUGUGUGUGUGACUCUGUUCGAUUAAUUUGCAUAUGAAAUUCCGUUGCACAUUUAACCAAAUCGGAUUGGGAAUUGAAUAAAAGCAAACGAAAAAAGAUAAAAUAAAAAUAAAACGAACGGCGGCCGCAAAAAUAUUUCCAUUCAAUUUGUCGAAAAUUGGUGUCGCAGCCAUCCGUGUUAUCGUCGGUAUCGGUCAUCGGUUGGAGUGGCUAAGAGUAAAUGCAAAAACAGCCGAGACACAGCGACAGGGAGAGGCAAGAAAAAAGAAGGCAUCAGAAAAGCGGUGGAACUGUCUUUAAAUUUAUGAAGUGAAAACUAAUACGAGAGUAAAACAAGAUGUCUCAUCGACGUGCACCGCCGAUUGAGUGUCCGUUGGCGUCAUUGGGCCAUAAUAUGCCAUCGGAACAUCAAUACCGGCAUCCACUUAGCUCAAGUCCACUCAAUCCAAAUGAUUAUCAACUAUCGUCACGAAAAUCGCCAAUACUGAACAUCGGAGCCGAUGGAUUAAUUCAAUUUUCGAUGGCCAUGCAUGAAACAGACGAUUCCGUCAAAUCCACCGAAGAUGUGUCACAUUUAAGUUCGGCCAUCAAUCAUAAUCAUAAUGAUACCAGCGAUUAUGUAAAUAUCUACAGAAAUCCAUUGCAAUGCCUGUCGACGGCGGGCGAAUCAGACAGCGCAUCGAACUAUCAUCAAAAGGAAAGCGAAGAUAAUAGCGAACCAAAUGAAAAUAUUCUGAAUAUUGCACAUAAACGAAACGAUCGACUAUUAAUGCGAAAUUGCCGAACAAAAUCGGCAAUGAGCACGUACAAUCAAACCAUUGAUUGUGUAGAACCAUAUUUUUUGGAGAAUAAAAUGCGUUCAAUGUAUGUGCAUGACACGCAUACAGCUGAACGGAUUAGUACGUACCCAUUUGCGAAGACCGAACGUGCCUUUGACUUUGAGUAUGGUGAUAGUCGUUUGAAAUUGAGCAGACCGACGGCACGAUUCAUUCAACGACCAUCGAGCCCCAGUGAGACUAGCGAAUCGGAUCGAUAUUUAUUAGAACGCACGUCACAAGAAUCACCUGCACCUGCAUUGAGCAUUGCAAGAAAUGCGUACAAUUACUUGAGCAAUCAUCAAAGAAUACCAGCGUCGAGCAACGGAAAUAUUUUAAUGGACGGCAUUUCGUCGAGAUUAGGUCGAUUUUCACCGAGUUUCGAUCAAGGCUAUCACACACUUAAUUCUCCCUCCAUUUCGGCGGUAGCUAAUAACAAUUCACAGCCUUUGUCACACACGCGGGGCCGCAAUAAGAAUGAUAACGUUUUCAAUAGACUAUCGGAUGACCUUUGCAUUAAGGUAUUCUCGUGGCUGGAGAGCACCAAUUUGAGUAACGUUUCGAGAGUGUGCAAACGAUUCGAUUCAUUGGUAUGGAGACCAGAAUUAUGGAAAACUAUUACACUUAAAGGUGAACGAAUCAAUGGAGAUCGAGCGCUUCGUUCAAUAGUUCGACAUCUUAGCAACUACACCAGAAAUGUGUCAUGCCCAGAAAUUGAACGAGUUAUGCUAAGUGAUGGAUGUCGCAUAACCGAUAAAGGCAUGGAAUUACUGUCUCGACGUUGCCCUGAGUUGACUCACCUUCAAAUCCAAAUGAGCUACAAUGUAUCAAAUGCUGCCCUCUUUCAAUUGGCCACAAAAUGUACAAAUUUACAACAUUUAGACGUGUCAGGUUGCACACAAAUAGUGACUGUCGACUUCAAUCAUCAUUUCGACCCACCACGUCGCUUAUUGCUUCAAUUCCUAGAUUUAACCGAUUGUUAUGGCAUCGAUGACAAUGGGCUAAAAACUAUUGUACAAAACUGUCCGCAAUUGGUUUAUUUGUAUCUGCGUCGAUGCACACAAAUUACAGAUUAUGGACUUAAAUUCGUGCCCAGUUUUUGUACGGCACUGCGUGAGUUGAGUGUAUCAGACUGUGGAAAUAUUACCGAUUUCGGUCUAUAUGAGCUGGCAAAGUUGGGUGCAACACUUCGAUAUCUAUCAGUGGCAAAGUGUGACCAAGUUUCGGAUGCUGGAUUGAAAGUGAUUGCGAGACGGUGCUACAAAUUACGUUAUUUAAACUGUCGCGGAUGUGAAGCGGUUAGUGAUGAUUCGAUCAUAAUGUUGGCGCAUUCGUGUGCACGUUUAAGAGCUCUCGAUAUAGGAAAAUGUGAUGUUAGCGACGCUGGACUACAUGCGUUAGCUGAAAGUUGUCCAAACUUGAAGAAAAUUAGCUUAAAAAAUUGUGAUAUGAUCACCGAUCGGGGGAUACAGUGCAUCGCAUACUAUUGUCGUGGUCUGCAGCAUCUAAAUAUUCAGGAUUGUCAAAUCUCCAUCGAAGGAUACAGAGCCGUUAAAAUGUACUGCAAACGAUGUGUUAUUGAGCAUACGAAUCCGGGCUUUGGAUAGCUAUGUUCGCAAUUGCAGAAGACUACAUCAUAAGGAGAAAACUUUCUUUUUAGGAAACAUUUCAUUUUGAAGCCAUAUAUUUCAAGCAAAAAUUAUUUGUAUGUCUAUUAGAUUCGAUUUUUGGAUAUAUGCCAAUUUCUUCUUUCCGUAGGUUUUUAACUAGCAAAAUUUCCAGUUGUAACAUUGUAAUUAAUAAUUUAUAUGAGAAAAACGAACAAUAAAUGUCUAUUGUAUUUAUCUAAUUUAUAGCGAACGGUGAAAAUAAAGAAUUAAGCCAAAAUUAAAA